AUGCAGAGCCCUUCCGUCGCUGAUGUCAGGCCUCCCCGUAUCGUGGACGACCUCAUCCCUAUCAUCUUAGAGAACAACGACCAUUGGUGGCCACGAGAUUUCCAACGUCUUGCAGUCGUUUCAUCCGCUUGGGUGGCUCCGGUCAGGAAGUGCCUUUACACCCGCCCAAUCCUCUCAACGUUUCGUGCUUGUUAUCUGUUCGUCAGGGCCCUGACCGAGAAUCCAAGUUUACGGUCGUUUGUACAGGGUGUCGACCUCUGUCCCGUACCGGACGACACCGUUUGUCAUGGUAUCAUCGAGAAAAUGAUGGCGCAUGUCAGGUUCAUCCUGGGGUUGCAGGGGAUACGUUCUGUGAAGCUAGGAGGAGCACUUGCCGUGUCGGCAGAGAGAUUUAUCGACGCUGUCACCAGUUCAAACACCAUCGUCGAUUUGUGCAUUGACGGAAGCGCACUUCGUACCUUCUGUCUUUUCAGCGGCCCUCCCCUCUUAUGGGAUGGAAUACUGGCAUCAAAAUUCACAUCCCUUCGCACCCUCAGGCUGUCCUGCGUUGAAUUCACAGUCCCCCCCUUGCCAACAUCAUAUCCCAUGCCAUUGACAGAGUUAUACCUCGAGAAUGUGGACAUUACGGGCAACCUUCUUGUCGACUUGUGCCAGGGUCCCUGGUACACAUUGCGCACUUUAGGUGUACGCGCCAAGUCUGCAGUCGGCAACGAUUACCAUAUCCGCUGCAUGAUUCAGCGUUGUGUCAAUUUGGAGACCCUUCGCUACGAAGUCCGUGAUACACACGGCCACGGGGCCAUCUUCGACCACGAAUCCCCUCCCCGUCACUCCCUGCGGCAGCUCUUACUGUCGGGUCUGGAUGUCACUCCUCAGAGCCUAGACGACAUCGCCCUAUGUUGUAGAAAUCUCGAGGAGCUCACUGUUCUUGGCCACCUCGUACGAAUAUCCUCGACAGAUUGGGCAUCAUGGUUGGCGUCCGACACCCUACCCGCAUUACGUGCACUCAGGACACCACAUUGCACCACAUCACCACCUUUUUUGUACUGGUCGGACGAUAUGAUCCGACACGUACAAGUUGCUUGCUCGGCUCGCAACAUAGUUUUUUGCUGUUGA